ACAAAGACUACAGAUGGCAUCUCUAUAACUUAAUGUUGCAAAGGGGACCUUUUCACGCCCAAUCAAUCUUGGCAGUUCCACUCUGGGAAUUUGUAUUAUUGAUAGCGAUUAAUCCGAGUUCUUGUUAACGAAAAAAGGACACAUUUAUUCCAACGGAAUCCAUACAGCAUAAUCCGAGUAUCAAAAUUUAGAAAGAUGUCUGCUGAAAAAAGUGAACUAUUAGACAAAGUAGAGCAAAUCGUACUUCACCUGGUCAAAAGUCUUAUAUCUCAACAAGAUGGCACACUUAAGGUGCCGAAUCUUCCGAUAACAGCAAGUGAUGACGGGAGUCCAUUAUAUCGAAAUGUCGCAUAUAAAAAAAGCAACAGUCGACACCGAUUUUGCUUAGUGGUUUUUGUUUUUGCCGAGGUCCAUCGCCUGCUAAUUAAUGGCGGUAGUUGUACCGCGCGAGGACUCUAUUACCGAAACGUUCAAUUAAUUAGAACACAGCUCCAUAUUGUGAGAGCGAAGAUAGAUGUCUGCCGAAUGCUUAACUCAGUACCAAGCCAUUUGGGAAUACUCUCGGCGACCAAGGGCUUAAUGGCAGGUGACAUUAAAUUGUUUUUGGGAAAUGGCGAUAUAUUAGACUGCAGCGUAUACUGUGGGCCUAUUUCGUUGCCUUCAGAUCUAGAGAUAGUGGAACACAUUGAUACACAGGCUGAGUUUGUGUUGAUCGUCGAAAAAGAAUCUGUGUUUCAGAGUCUUUUGGACCAUAAUGUAUUCGACACUUUUGGCUCUAAAUUUAUUUUGCUGACCGGUAAAGGCUACCCGGAUGUAAGCACUAGGUGCAUUGUUCAUAAGCUAGCAGUCGAGUACAAUUUGCCGUCGUAUAUCCUAGUUGAUGCUGAUCCAUUUGGCAUUGACAUAAUGCUUGUAUACCAGAACGGGUCACAGACCUUAAGUUUUAUAUCAAAUUGUAUUUCUACCCCGAUGAUACGAUGGAUUGGCUUGCACCCCUCCGAGAUAGCAAAUCUUUCUAAAUGUGCAGUAUCACUUAGCAAUUCUGACAACAAGAAAAUAAGCGACAUUCUUGGUCGCAGUAAUAUCAGUUUGGGUGUACAACGUGAACUAUAUACGCUGCAGCGAUUACAAUUAAAAGCCGAAAUAGAGAGUGUUACGGAAUUCUUAAGCAUUGACUAUAUACCAAAUAAAAUUAAACGAAAUUUGUAUCUGUAAAAACAUAAA